AUGUCAUUAUCAAAAGUUCCUGCUGCUUCCAGAGGUAUUCAUGUUUCUGUUCGAAGGCAAAGCAGCCUGCGAUCCGAUCUGAAAGCAGCGUUGAAGGAGUUGAUUCCUCAGAAAAGGCAGGAUAUGUUGAAGAUCAAGCAGAAAUGUAGUGAUAUGAAAGUCGGCGACAUCACUGUUGGCUCUUUAAUUGGUGGUAUGAGAGGUAAUUGCUCGAUGUUUUGGCAAGGUACUUCUUUGGAUUCCCAAGAAGGAAUCAGAUUUCAAGGCAAAAACAUAAAAGAAUGUCAAGCUUGUUUACCAUCAGAUCCCACGAGCUGCGAUCCAUCUGACAAUUUUCUCCCCGAAUCCAUGCUAUGGCUGUUGAUGACAGGCAAUGUACCCACAAAACAACAGGCCUCAAACUUAUCCAGCGAGCUGGCAUACAGAGGAGCUCAUUUGCCUGAUUAUACGAUUAAGAUCAUGAGGAAUUUACCACAAGACAUGCAUCCUAUGACCCAGCUGGCCAUCGGCCUAGCCUCCAUGAAUAAGAGUUCACGGUUUGCCCGUAAAUACGAGCAAGGGUCGCUAGGCAAAAACGAUUACUGGGAAUACACGUUAGACGACGCUUUGCAAGUAAUUGCCUCCUUACCUAAGCUAACCGGAUUGAUAUACAGUAAUAUUGUGAGUAACGGUGAACCGUUGGGCCAGUAUAAUGAGAACCGCGAUUGGAGUUACAACAUCUGUUCCCUCUUAGGAAUGACUACGGGCGAUUCCAUCAAUAGGCACGAUCUGACGGAACAGCAAGCCAAAGAUUUCGUUAAUCUGAUGAGAUUGUACACCGGCAUACAUGUGGAUCAUGAGGGCGGCAAUGUCUCCGCCCAUACGACGCAUCUCGUUGGGAGCGCUUUAGGAGAUCCUUUCCUUAGCUAUUCAUCCGGCAUAAUGGGCCUAGCAGGUCCCUUACACGGUCUGGCAGCCCAAGAAGUAGUCAAGUUCUUGAUUGAAAUGAACUCCAAGCUUUCUCCGGAAAUGCCAAAAAGUGAAAUAGAGGAUUAUCUAUGGAAACUCCUAAAUUCCAAAAGGGUUGUGCCAGGCUAUGGUCAUGCAGUGCUAAGAAAAGCAGAUCCCCGUUUUACGGCAAUGCUUGACUUUGUGAAAGCGAGACCGGAGGAGUUUAAAACAGAUAGAAACGUUGCACUGAUGCAAAAGCUUUCAGAGAUCGCUCCCAAGGUACUUAUCGAGCAUGGCAAGACUAAGAAUCCGUAUCCGAAUGUCGAUUCUGCCUCUGGGAUAUUGUUUUAUCACUAUGGAAUUAAGGAACUGCUUUUCUUGACAGUAAUAUUUGGCUGUUCAAGAUCAAUGGGACCCAUGACUCAGCUGGUUUGGGAUCGUAUUUAUGGGCUUCCUAUUGAGCGACCUAAGAGUCUCGACAUGGACAGCUUGAAGGCUCUAUGCCAUUUAUGA